CAUAGGUAACUUAUGAUUGGUCUGUGCGUGUUUUUGUUUUCAGUAAAAGGACAUUUUUGUUGCCAUUCACACAGAACGAAUCGAGCGUGUGAAAAACAAAAACGAAAACAAAAGAAAUUUAAUUACAUAAAAAUUAAAAAAAAAAAAAAUUAAACAAAUAUUUACGCGCUAAAUACGAUAAACCGUAUUGAUUAUGGCUAAAAAUACGUCUUUAGUUUUACUUGGCUAUGAUGAUGAGCAAAUAACUGAUAAACAAAUUUCGUUUGUUGAUUUUACCACAAAUAAAAUUGGUGGAAAGCCCAAUUGGCCAAGUAGUGAACUUUCGAUACCGCCUUGUCCGUUGUGUGGCUUGAUACGACCAUUAAUACUGCAAAUCUAUGCACCAUUAGAAAAUUCGCAAUUUCAUCGCACAUUUUAUAUAUUUGCAUGCAUGAAUUCGAUAUGCUCAAAUCAAUCGAAAGGUUGGCUCUGCUUACGAAUCGAACAUUUAGAAAAGAUUUACGAACGAAAUGGCACAUCGAAUAAAAAGAAAACUCAAGUGAACUCAAUAAAUAUAACAUCGUGGUGUAGUGGUGCCGAUGAUUGGGGCACCGAUGAAUUUGGUGACGAUGGUGAUGGAUUCGAUAAAAGUAAUAUCAAUUGUAGUAAUCAAAUGCAAUUGGUGGCCCAGCAACAGCCGCUCGAUGAUAAUUUAAAUGAACAAAAUGGCAACAUGGUGUGCAAUAAUAUUGUUAUGGCAAAAAAUGAAAAUCGAAAUAUGUCCGACGAUGAAGACGAAAGUAAUUCCACGGACGAUCCAAUUCCAAUGUUCAAUAACUUACAAGUGAUUGAUGAUAAAAAUGCAAACUGUGGUGAACAACAAGGUGGCGCAGUGGGAUUGCUGAAUUCGCCAAGUGCAUCGGCUGAAAUCGAAGGUGAAGAAUCAGAAAUGGUGUGCGUUGAUGCGCCCGUUGCACCCGAGCGUGAUUUAAUUGCUAUGCUCAAACAAACAAGGGCAAUUCCACAAGAUAUCAACAAUCUGGUGCUCAAAAGCUAUUUUAUUCUCGUUGAUGAAGAGAAAAAUGUGUCAAUUGAAUCAAAUAGUGCAUUAUCGAAUGAUCAUAUUCGAGAAUUAUUGCACAAAUAUCAAGGCGAAGAAGAAAAGCAAAAAGCCAAUCCGAGUAGUCCGUGCAAUUUGGUAACGGGCGGAAUUGUAUCCAUGAAAAGUGAUAAUGACGAAAAAUAUGAGAAAGCAAUUCCCGUGCAUGGUGAUCUCAUGUUUCACAACUAUUUGGAACGAAUCCAAGAAAAUCCUGGACAAAUACUUCGAUAUUCGCGUGAUACGUUGCCAUUAUUAAUUGCACCGUUAAUAGAACCCAUACCAAAAUGUCAGUAUUGUGGCAACGAAUUGCUGUGCGAAGUGCAAAUUUUACCAACUCUCAUCUCAAAAUUGCAGUUUGUUAAUGGCGAACCAUCGCCCAUCGAAUUUGGUAACGUACUUGUAUUUACAUGUACAAAGAGUUGCUGGGACACGCCCGACAAAAUGCGAUUUGAGCAUAUUAUUAUUCAAAAAGAAAUUUAAACUUUAUAAAUAUACAUAUUACAUCUAUCAGUCAAUAGUGAAAAUCGAAUAUUAUAUUCUAAUCGUCAAUUCACUUGAAAAGUUUUAAAAUUUUCAAAUCAUAGAUCAAUCUAUAGAUUAUCCAUUGAUACAAAAAAAAA